CUCACCCACCCACUUCGCAACUCGCAACAAGCCGAUUCAACACCACACCCACAUAACCAUGAUUUGCCGAACGUGUCUCCGACGAGCCGCAGGUUUCACAACCCGGCAAAUAACGCCGCAACCCUUCACACGAACAAUAGCGGCACGCACCUUCACGACAACCAUCCGCACGCGCAAUGCCACCCCAUCACCAGCCGCGGCCGCACCCGCAGCGCCAGCAGCAGCAGCAGCAGCAGCCGAAUCGACGCCAGACCUGACGCCCCUCACACCGGCCGGCGGCGAGGCUGGCGCUGCAUCGCGCUCCUCCUGCGCCGAGGGCACGGUGCUCGCGGGCCUGAACUACAUCAAGGGCAAGAGCGACCCCGUCGCGCUCGCCGACGACGCCUACCCGGCGUGGCUGUGGGACUGUCUCGAGGUGCAGAAGAAGGCCGAUGCCGAGGCCGACACGGAUGCGGGGGAUGAAUUCUCCAAGUCCAAAAAGCAGCGCCGCAUAGCGCUCAAGCGGAAGCGGGUGCAGGAGGCGCGGCUGCUGGCGUCGGGCGACCUGGAGGCGCUGGCGCCCAAGGUGCCGCUGCAGAAGCAGACGAUCAACCUGCCGGCGGCGGAGGCCGGGAACCUGGGCCAGGCGGUGGAGGCGGUGGACAAGCGGGAGGAGCUGCGCCGGGCGAUGCGCAAGGAGCGGCGCGCGGGCAUCAAGGAGAGCAACUACCUCAAGGCUAUGUAAAUCGCUGUGGUUGUUGUUGUUGGUGUUGGGGUGGGAGGGGCUGCCGCCGGGUGGUGGGCGGGUGGCUGCCGAGGUGUUGGAUGGGGGAGCAUAUGGCGGGUGCUGGGGAUGGGAUAGAGUUAUUGGGACACCCGGACGGGUGGGCGAAGGCGUCCAGAUGUG